CAAAGCCGUGGACCCAAGUCCGCAUCGGCACGCAUCCCUUGUUUACUGCGCUGCCGGAUCGCCGCCUCACACCUCACCUCUGACGUCUGCCGUCACCCGCCAAUCCGGCGCCAUGGACCGUGCGCGCAACAGGAGCUCGCCCAGCUCCGACCGCUUCCUCGGCUCCUUCCUCCCUCCCGCGCCCGCCGGCGACCAGCCCGCCUUCGAGCUCGACGAGGACGACCUCUUCGCCUCGGGGGUCGCGUCCCCCGAGCGGACACAGCCGCCGCCGCCGCGCCGGCCCCUCCUCCUCUCCUCCAUCCGCGGCGCAAACCCUAGUCCCCGCCCCCGCCGCCCGCCGGGGGGCAUCCUCGAGGCCCUCCCCGAGCGCCUCGCCCCUCUCUCCCCGCCCCCGUCCACCUCCUCGUCCCCCGCGACGGCCCUUCCCCGCAUGAUCCCCACCGCUCCCCGCCCGGCGCCGACGCCGGCGAUGUACAUGCCGCAGUCCGCGCCGGUGAACGUGCCGGCGGCGCGGCUGCGGCGACCUCCGGUGGAGGCCUUCGCGAGUGAGCCGGACGAGGACGACGAUGACGAGGAGAUGCUGCCGCCCCACGAGAUGGUGGCGCGCUCGCGGGCGCGGGAGUCGCCCAUGACCACGUUCUCGGUUCUGGAGGGCGCCGGACGCACCCUCAAGGGGAGGGACCUCCGCCAGGUACGCAAUGCCGUGUGGCGGAAGACUGGCCUGCUCGAUUGAUCCGUUGUUGCUGCGUUCGGCAACAGCCUUGUGAUUGAGUUUGUAUACUUGAAAUUGUUUUGUACAUUAUGUGUGAUCAGGUGUUUAUUUUAGCUACGCCUGUAGAAAUGUUUGCUGUAUUGCUCAUCAUCA